UCGGUUACCAUCUAGCACAAUAUCACUUGUUUUAUACAUGUGGAUAAACAUUGUAUAAAAAUAUGAUUAAGGCAAAACAACUAUUUAUCCUAUUUUGGUUAUUUAGCGUGCUGUUGGUAAAAGGAUUUCACGCCAUACUGCCAAAUGUGCCUCUUAGCCAACAUGGACAAUUAGAUUUGGCAUUUUUAAUAGACACAACAGGCAGCAUGGGUUCGUAUAUCGAAAGUGCAAAGCAGAACAUCAGAGGAAUUGUAAACGAAAUAGUUACUUCAUCCGGCAGUGAUGUACGAUUAGCGUUGAUAGAAUAUAGAGAUCAUUCACCACAAGAUAGAACUUUUGUCACCCGCAAAAAUGACUUCACAUCUUCUGUAUCCACUAUGAAAUCCUGGUUAAAUACUGCACGUGCUAGAGGAGGAGGUGAUGGACCGGAAGCAGUAGCAGACGCUAUGUUCGAAUCAACUAAAUUAUCAUGGCGACAGGAUGCAACAAAAAUAUGUGUCAUGAUAUCUGAUGCACCUCCCCAUGGACUUGUGCCGUCCGAAGACAGUUCAUUUCCACAGGGAUCUCCAAACGGUCAUGAUCCGAUGCAAAUAGCUCGUGACUUGGCCCAGAAAGAUAUAACUUUAUAUGUCAUUGGCGUGGAGCCACCAAUUGUUUCUUAUAAAGACUUUUUCAUGGCUUUAGCUUAUCUCACAGGAGGCCAGUAUGUCCCCUUGUCGAUACCUCGUCUUUUGGUUAAUGUUAUAACAGGGGGAGCUCAGGAAGAACUUUCAUUACAAAGGUAUCAAACAGACAUACAGCAUGAAAUCGACACAUAUUAUGGAGGCGGUGGAGGUGGUGGAGGCGGAGGAGAAGGGGGAGGUGGUGGUUCCAAACCAAUAAACAAACAAGAGAUUGCUAAUUCUCUUUACCAGAAAUUUAAAAAAUUAGGUGCUAAAUCCAAACAUUUAUCUAGGAACAAUAAAGCUAUAGAAGGCCCUUCAGCAAAUGCUAAGUUAAUAGCAUUAAAAUAUUCGAUGGCAGAAGUAAGGAAAGUAUUUAAAAAAGGAACAACUCCAGGAACAUUAGGAGGUGGCGGCAGUGGCAGUGGGAGAUUCAGUGGCGGAGGGAGCGGCAGUGGGAGCCAUAGUGGCGGAGGGAGCCAUAGCGGAGGAGGUGGCGGAGGUGGCGGUGGAGGCGGGGGUGGUGGUGGCGGUGGUGGCUCAAGUAGAAGUGACACAUAUUCAACAAAAGAAUCUGGAAUAACACUGGAACAAAUUAACAGAUUAGUCGAAAGGAAGACGGCAAGAUUACCAAGGGGUUAAAAUGUAAAAAAAAACACAAAAAAACAAUUAUAAGCAGGUAAUGUUUACGUGUUUUUGACUUCUUCUUUCUUUAUUUGAUCAGUUAAACCAUUACAUGAAAGUAUAGUUUGUUCCUUUACUUAAUGAUGUAAAGAUUCAUAAAUAGAAUUGAAGCAUCUAUUCUACACCCAAAAAAAAAGAUAAGUGUUUAUUGAUUUAACCGUUGUGAUUAAACAUGACACACCGGUAAUAAUAGAAUUGGUUUCCCAUGACUUGAAAUGGAAAAAAUUUGAUUGUAAAUAACCAUGUUGUAUAAUACUGUCAAAUUUUCUCACACAACUAUAUACAAUUUUUUGUUUGCGGGUUGUUAGAAUGUUAGAAUUAUUUAUUUGUUCUUUUUCUUUUGUUAUUUUUUUUAAUCAGUUUAGUCGUAUGUCUGUGUAUGUAAACUAAACGUACUGGUAUAAGACGGCCCUACAUUUUUGUCUCUGAACCUGAUUCAGAUAAUCCAGAAAUUGAUCUGUCACAAAUAUCAAUACUUUUUACUUCUUUUCGGUCUUUACUGCAAGCGAAAGUUAUAUCACCUUUCAUGGUGUCAAUUAAGCCAUUUAGGUUAAUCUAUAGUGCAUUUUUUACAUUAUUUUUACAUUAAUUUACAUUAACCAAAAUAUAAGACAUACCGUUGAUGCUUUUUAAUUAUAUAGAAGGCAAUGCACUGUAUUUUGUUUUCCUACCCUUUGUGAGUGCUCAUAUCAAAGUAUAAUCCAGAAACAUCAUGUGAGGCAGAACAGACUGUACGUUUUACUUUUGAUUAACAAUCAAUAGGUCAAAAUAAACUCGUCAUAGAUACCA